AUGACAAACAAACUUGAAAUGUUUCCAUUGGAGAUCAAAGUCCUACUCCUUGAACGAUUCUUGGUUGAAACAAAUGAUAUAUUGAACUAUUUACAGGUUGUUCCUUCAAUGAAUUAUUAUUUCAAAGCUAAUUUCAAAGUGGUUAGUGAUGAAAUCAACCAAAGAAAAUAUAAUAAGCUUCCUGAAGGUUGUUUAAUAUCCUAUGAUGAUUUUGAGGAUUUACUCAAAGCAUUGAGUAAACAUCAAAUGUUUAAGGGUAUUGUCUUGAUGGAAUUUUAUGAAUAUAUUGAGGAUUUUCAACAAUUAGAACCUGAUUAUAAGUUAUAUAGGGUGGCACAUGAACGAACGAAAUUCAGAUAUACAUUUUAUGGAUCUUUUUUUGACGAUGGUUGUUCAUAUAAGUUAACUGAAAUAACCCAGAAUUUUUGCCAUUUUGAUCCAUAUCAUAAAACAUCUCAUAUUAACUUCCCUGAUAUUAUAAUAUAUUCUCCAGAAGGCCACUUACCAAAUACAGAAAUUGAGAUUAAUUUUUUAACUUUGAAAACAGCUCUAUAUGAAGUACCCAAAGAGAAUAGUCAAACUUUUGAUUUCAAUAUCAUGUAUUGUACAGCACUAAAAUCUUUAAAUCUUUUAGAUUUACAUGAUGGAUUCAUAUUCCCCAAAUCAUUUAUGUUUCCUAAGAACUUAAAACUUUCUACAUUUCAUAGUUCAUAUAAUAUGGAAUACACAUCACAAUGGUUAUUCAAACCCCAACGGGUUCAAAAUUUAGAACACUUAUCUCUUGAAGAUUCAAGAAAUAUGAAUCCAAAAACCAUUUCAAUAAUUGAUGUGAAUUUCCCAAAAAUGAAAGAAUUCAAAGUGAACUGCUACAAACCAAGGUAUAAAUCUUCCAUAAUUUUCCAAAAAUUUAAAGCAGACUUAUUGGAAAAUUUUAGUAUAUCUUCAUCAAAUGCUGAUGUAAAAAUUGAUGACUUCAGGGCACAAAAUAUCAAGAAUUUUACAAUAUUAGCAAAUUCUUGUACCAUUGAAAAUUUAGAAGAACCUAUCAAUAUGGAUAGCUUCAAAAUUUAUGUGAAUAUGCAAUAUAACGGUCAAUCCAUUAAAAAGAGAAAACUCAAUAAGGUUAAUGCAUGUCAAAAUUAA